CACAAGCUGCAAGCUGAGACGCCGCGAGCCGGUGGAUCCCGCAAGAUGGACUUUCACAUGUCAAACACUUCGCCGGCGAAUUAAUCCUUAACGCUUCUCUCUGUGGACAAUCUACAGACACACGAGUAAAAAAAAAAAAAAAAAAAAAACCCAAAACACUAAUUUCCAAGAGGAACCUGCUCUCCUGGGUUUGUGAGACUGUGUGUAAAUGGAGGUGGUGCACAUGGCAGAAGAAGAGAAGUGAAUUGAUUGAUGAACUGAUUGAUUGAUUGCACGGUGUUUUAAACCGACGCGCGCGGCGACAUUUUUUUGUUGUUGAAAAAUCAAUCGGAAUUUUUGUUAGUUUGUUAGCUCACACGGACAAUGGCGGCAAUAACGAGCCCGGAAUCUAGCGCUCAGCCCCGGGUCUAUUUCCAGACGCCUCCUGGUACUGAAGAAGAAGUUCCACAGAAGCAAGGACGAGUGACGGUGAAAUAUGACCGAAAGGAGCUGAGGAGGAGGCUGAAUUUGGAGGAGUGGAUAGUUAGUCAGUUAAUGACUUUAUACGACUGCGAGGAAGAUGAAGUGCCCGAGCUAGAGAUUGACGUGGACGAGCUGCUGGACCUGCCCAGUGAUGUAGAGAGAGCCAUCAGAGUGAAGAUGCUGCUUGUUGACUGUUACAAACCUAAUGAUGACUUUGUGGCUGCACUGUUGGAGAAGGUGCGAGGCAUGCAGAAGCUCAAUACCCCACAGAAGAAGGGGGACAUAACCCCAUGAACCACCCACCAGCUCCUCCACCACCACCACCACCACCAUUACCCUGUUCCUCCAACCGUGCACGGUGGAGAAGGGCACACAGACCGUACUACUCCAAUACAGUGUGUCAAAUGGAGGCGAGCGAGGAGCUCAGCCAAGCCAAUCUCAGCUGCAGGUUAAUCACUCCAACUGUCUUAUUUUCUUUCACUACUGUUUCCUUAAUAUAUUAUUCCCAUAGAGUGUGUGCUAGUCUCCCUUUUUAGCUUAAAAUACUGUAAGGGACAGGACGUGUUGUGGAAUGGUUAGUUAUUCAGUUUUGUACGCUUAAACACUAAGUGCCAUAGGACAUGGCUUUGUGCAUCUGUAAUUGAGUAGAAAACUAGGUUACGGCUUUUUCCGUCCAUGUAGAUCUCACCUUAUGUCUUUGCUUUUUCUUUUAUAAGGGCUACGGCAGCUAUUAGAAACGACACAGUGAGUGAUAUUGUUUUAAAUGAAAUGUCUUAGGUUAUGAUGUAUUUUGAAGUGAAAUGGGGGAACAAGGGGAACGAGGAAACUGGGGCUUUUGCGUGUUUUGAGAUUUUUCCAUUUAGUAGGACUUUAGGAUAUAACCGAACUGAACACUAAAUCUCUGCUUUGUGCUCUAGAUUGCUUCUGUAUGCUUUAAAACAGAAGGAUAUAAUAUCUAGAUCAACAAAUUCAAUCUGAACUGUAGCAAUACCUUGAGUGCAUUUUUGUUACGCCGGGUUUUUAACCAGCCUCCUUAUAUGCAGAUCGAACAAUACAACUUUAAUGAGACCAGAGUGAAAUGUUUGACAGCAGUAUCAUAGCUCAAAAAAUAGACAUUUUUUUGUACAUAAAAUUUUUAUUCCACUCAACAAUUCAACUUCAAUUGUUUGACAACAAGAAGUAAACACAAUCCCUAUUUGCUGGAAUGAAAUACUGUACUGUAUGCACUCUUGCAUCCAAGUGUGUGUAGUAAGAUUAAGAAAAUAAAGAAUGGUGCUGAAAACAAUGCUGGCUCCAAUGGAGAUGGUGUUAUUCAUUUGAAUUAUUUUAUUGAUUGUACAUGUGACUUUAAUCUCUGAAACACAAUAAACCACCCAAGAAAGAAUAAUUUCCUGAUUAUAGUCUCCAGAGCAACAGUGAUUGGCUAAUUUCAGUGCAUGUACAGUGUAAAAUGAGGGUUUCUGAUUUUUACAGCAGACUGAUUCGCUGCACUAUAAAUCAGACCUUCUUUCAAUGCUCAACAGCUCCACUUCAAAGAUGAGAGUGG